CCGGGAAACGAAGAAAAAGCGCGAGUUCGAGUCGAUCGAGUUGGAAUUACGGAUCUUGGAAAGAUGAGCGGUCCUAGCGUGGACGUGGUCUGGGACCCGCAGGCUCAGAUGAAUUCCUUGGAUUGUUGGGAUUACUCGAUCGAGCUCUCUUGUCUUCAAGGCCCGGAAGAUUUACAAUUAGCGGCAGAACUUGGAAAAACGCUUUUGGAACGGAACAAGGAAUUGGAGAACAUUAUUAAAGCGCAUCAAUCGACCGUGGAGGAACAAGCACAAGAAAUAGAGUAUAUGAAAAAACAAACCGCUGCCCUUAGAGAAGUGAACGAUUCGCGGUUGAAAAUUUACGAGCAACUCGAAGUCAGUAUUCAAGAUUUGGAACGUGCGAAUCAUCGUCUGGUAAUUGAGAACACCAGCGACAAAAAACUGAUCAAGAGUCAAUGUUUAACGAUCGAGAGUCUAGAAGCGAGGUGCGAGGAACUUCAGAAGAAAAUCGACGAGAUAAACGAACAGCAUGAAAGUCUGCUCCGGCAACAAUCUACGAGUCAAUCGGCGAACAAUAUCACACAAACACACACCAUUCAUUGGAAAGUAUCGGUCACGCAGGGUAGCAGCACACAACAGAACGCUGCUCCGUCUGGUCAGAAAUCUUUCCAAGAGGCAAACGCGGAUACGAACGUACGGCAAUUACCGACAAUUCCAACGAACGACGAAGAAGUUACCGAAUUGUUGAGACAAUUGCAGGAAGCGCGAAGCCAGAGGGCAAGAGAGCAGCAAAAGGUUGCCGAGCUUCGACAACAAUUGGCAUCUUUGUUGCAAGAAAACAACGCGUUGGAAGAACAGUUGAACGUUUGGCGUAAUAAAGCACAAGACGUGAAAAAUCUUCAAGAGGAGAUAAACACUUUGGAAGAAGUAAGACGGGGUCAAUUAUGCGGACGAUGUUUACGAGGACUGGACUCUAAGACGCACGACGAACUCUCUGUAAUGUUGAAUCAAGAGGAAUACGAUGAUAUUAGCAUGGCUGAAUCGCUCAUAAACGAUAGUCAACGUGACACUGAGUCUCUUACUCAGGAAUCGAACGAUCAAAACGAAGUGUCGAACGACAUGAAGAAUCCUUAUAGAGUGCUAGUGGAGAAAUAUCAAGCGUUGUUAGAAGUUCAAAGACGAUCCGCGCUUAGGCGGAAAGAUAGCGUGCCAACGCCUAUGUCGUUGCAAGAAGAGUUAGAGAUGUCGGGGGAGUUCAACAGUUUUCAGAGCCCGACGUUGGAGGCGGAGAUCCAACAGGAGCCGGCUAAAUCGGCGGUUGGUAACGCGACACGUGCCAAAACGGAGAUGUGCGGUAAAAAAGUGUUUUCCGCCACUCCGACAGAUUUCUCCGAGGCGGAGACUUCAUCGUCCGGUUUUUUGGACGAGACGAGUAACAAAGCGACGCAAACCGAGGGAAGGCCCGGCUCGUUCCUAUUCUCGUUUGCGGACGGCGAGGAUUGCAAGUUCAGCAUUUACGACGAUAAUAGCCCGUUCGAGAGUAGAUUCAGGAAAACGCCCGAGUACAGACAAUUGUUCAGUGAAAUAUUCCGAGUCUUGAAACGAGCCGCGGAAGCCAAGGACGAAGGUGAAAAAUUACCCUUGUUGGACGAUUCCACGAGCACGAUCAAUUCUCAGCAACAAUCCGCGCUUCAAGAUGAUGUUCCUAGCGAGACAACCGACGAUAAUCAAAGCGUUUCCUCUUCUAUAUUUUCAUCCGCCGUAUCCGAACCACCGUACAUAGUACAAAUCUCGCCGAAUGGAGUGAACGAACAACAAAACGGUGAAGUGAGUGUCGCGAAGAAUGGGAAGAAUAUCAUUCGAAACGUAAAUCGAUCGGAUUAUUUAAUGCUUAACAGUAAAAAGAAGUCGAAAAAACAUUCCUCCGCUAGUAAAAAAUUAACGUAUAACGAUAGACCAACGACACCCGAUGUGAUUCCAACCACGAAUCCAAAGUUCGUUCCGCCGAAAUCGAACAGCGGGGGGAAGAAGAAAUUCAGACCUUUCACGAUCGCCGAUCAAAAUGGUAGCACGUGCAACGGGUACGCUUAUCCAAACAAAACGAAGGAAUCGCCUAAUUCGACCGCAAAAUCUUCGAAUAACGCAGGCUCGAACAACAACGCUCAACACAACAACAGUUUCGAGUAUAGAGACUAUAAACCGAGCACAGCGUCGGUAGAAGUAGCCCGGCUAAAACGUUUAGAAAUGUCUUACGCGGAAGUUCUUCGGUUGCCAAAUAAAUCUAAAAUGAACAAUCAUCGUAGAAGCUAAAAUCUUCUUUGAUAUAUUAUCACGAUACCUUGAAGGAGGAAAAAAAAAAAAAAAAAAAAAAGGAAGACUUUUAUACGUAAGAUAUAGUCAAGUGAAAGGUUAAGUUCAAAAUUUGUUAAGUUUAACCUCGUAAAACGAAAUACUUAGGACGGAAUUAAAUUAUUUCACAGAAGUAAGAUUCACAGUAUUGAUGAUCAGUGCUAAUUGAACAAAUUUUGUGAAUAUUUUUUAAGGGAAGCGAUUGCGUGUAAUGUCUACUAGAUACUAAAUUAUUUGAAAUUAAUUUUUUUAUUGUAUUUUGUAUAUCUUAAUUGUAUAGGUUUUUUCAUGUGAAUGUGCGUGGGCAACAAAGGUAUACAACGUUAAUAUACAUAUAUUAUUAAUAGCAUCUACCGGAGAUUUAUGAACGGUAUAAAUCGAGUCGUGCCUCGCGAGUUUGUUUUUCUUUAGAAAUUGUAGUUGUGAUCAGAAAUAAAAUUAUUUAUGUGCCAUUUAUUAUGUCGAAUUAUAAUCGUCAACUAUUCCAAAUACUUACUCGAAUUUCCUUCCAUGACAUACGUAAUACCUAUUUCCAAGGAGAACUCACGAUUAGUGCAUUUCAUUAAUAACAUGUACAGUAUAUUAGCUUUUAUAUCUCAUAAUUAUAAAUUACGAUAAUAUUAUGAUCAUCUUAUGUCGAGUAAAUAAAAUAUCUUUAUCUUAGUC